UCUCCUCCAUCACCACCGCCGUCACAUCUCUCGCCAUUUGAAUUUCUUCGCCAUGGCCAAGCAGUUGGCACGAACUCAGGUUUUCCAUGGCACACUGAUUCAUACCGUCAGUUCAACUGAGCUGGUGAUCCUCACCGACACGGUGAUCAUUGUCAAUCCGACCGGCAUCAUCCAAGGUAUCCAUCCGUCCACGCCAGCAGCCACCAUUUCACAACUGCUGGUGCAGCAUCACGGCCUGAAUCCACCUACGUAUCGCUUGACCAUCCUUGGUCCAACUGAAUUUCUCAUUCCCGGCUUCAUUGACACUCACACCCACGCUCCACAGUGGGCACAACGCGGCACUGGCCGAGGCAUUCCUCUUUUACAAUGGCUAGAGGAGAUCACGUUCCCCCACGAAGCUAGAUUGGACGAUCCACACUAUGCACGACGGCUCUACUCAGUGUGUGUCCGAGGAGGCCUCCAGCAGGGCGUCACAACCGCCUGUUACUAUGGGUCGCGUCACGCCGAGGCGUCCGUGAUUCUGGCUGAAACCUGUCUCGCCCAGGGCCAACGUGCAUUGAUAGGCAAAUGCAACAUGAAUCGCCACGCACCAGACUGGUACUGCGAUAGCUCCACUGUUGAAUCGAUCACAGACACGGAAACGUUCAUUCGAAAAGUCCGGGAUCUGGACCCUGGCCACGAACUAGUCACUCCGGUGAUCACGCCCCGAUUCGCGAUCAGCUGCGAUGAGGAGCUUCUCCACGAGCUGGGACAGCUCGCAGCCCGCCACCCGGACCUACCAAUUCAAACCCAUUUCAACGAGUCACGCGGCGAGGUGGAGUUCACACGGACCCUCUUCCCCAAUGACACGAGUGAGACGGAGCUCUACGAACGGCUGGGGCUUCUCAACGACCGCAGCAUCCUUGCCCACGCAAUCUACCCAUCUGAUGCGGAGAUUGACCGGAUGGCGCAGCUGAACUGCGGGAUUGCCCACUGCCCGAUCCCGAAUGUGACGAUGGAUGUGUUCAUGGUGGCACCGGUGCGAGAGUAUCUGCGGCGGGACAUCAAGAUCGGACUCGGGACCGACUGCGGCGGGGGAUAUUCAAGCUCUAUGCUGGAGGUGAUGAAGGCCGCGUUUGUAGUCUCGACCGCCGGAAGUACCAUGACUCAGGGACGCGAUGAACCGUUGACUCUCACGGAGGGGUUUUACAUGGCCACCUUAGGGGGCGCGCGAGUCUGUGGGCUCGAAGGAAAGGUGGGGAACUUUCGCGUUGGCAAGGAAUUCGAUGCGUUGCUGGUGAGGACGAAGACGGGUGUGAUGGCGCCGGUGGAGGAGUCCGAUGAUGUAAGGACGUUGUUUGAAAAGUUUCUUAUGACAGGAGAUGACCGCAAUAUUAUGCAGGUCUUUGUCAAAGGAAGGAGAGUUCAUGUACUUUAAUGCUGUGGUAUACUGGGAAAAGGAAAAAUUGAGCGAUCUCUUUCUGUUUCA